UGAAUAAUCAGGACUUUCCAACGUCCUCCCCUUCCAGCGGGCGGUGGGGUUUCAGUCGGGGGGGAGACUGACAGGUGGACCGUCCUUGAGCCUCGUCUAAUCUGGGAAAAAGGACUUUAAGCGUCUUCCUCGGCCCUGGGAAGACCAUGGCUCCCUGCAGGAUCGGUGGACUGUCUCUGCUGGCGAUUUUACUGCAAAUUGUACUGAUUUGCUCGGCUCAGAGGGGCCCGGUCGGUCUCAGAGGCCCCCAGGGGCCGCCCGGACCAGCAGGCGUGCCCGGAGUGGACGGCAUUGACGGCGACAGAGGAGAAGACUCCACAGUGACCGGUGGACCAGGUCCAGACGGUGACAACGGCAAAGACGGAGUUCCUGGAGCUGCAGGCCUUCCGGGCGCAGAUGGACCAGUUGGACCUCCUGGAGAUGUAGGCCCAGUGGGCCUAAAAGGACCAAAAGGCGAGCCUGGUGCACGUGGGCCUGCUGGAGAGCGCGGUGAAGGACCCGAUGGGUUGGAUGGUCUUCCUGGUACUGACGGGUUGCCGGGGGAACUGGGCAAAGUUGGACCACCAGGAGCGAGAGGCAAGAGGGGUCAAGUGGGUCUUCCUGGUGUUGCCGGGCCACGGGGUCCUCCAGGCGUGUACCAAGGCGAGGACCUGUGUCCCAAUGCCUGCCCUGCUGGUCUCAAUGGACAUCCUGGUCUACCCGGCAUGAAAGGCCACAAAGGAGUUAAAGGUGAAUCCGGUGAGCCUGGAAGACAAGGACACAAGGGAGAGGAGGGCGAACAAGGACCCCUGGGUGAAGUUGGAUCUCAAGGACUACCAGGCCCAGGUGGACCAAGAGGCCUCCAAGGAAUAAUUGGCUCCAAAGGUGACAGGGGACCUCGUGGGAAACCUGGUGAUGGAGGUCCUCAGGGAAUCCAGGGACAUCCAGGUGAUUCGGGUCAAAGAGGUGCCAUAGGGGAGCUUGGGCCAGCGGGAGUGCAGGGGGAGCCGGGUCCAUCUGGAAUCCGAGGAGUGCCAGGGCCAAAGGGAGAGCCUGGCCUUGCUGGUCCAGAUGGCCGUGAGGGAAUACCCGGUCUGCCAGGAUCAAGGGGUCUUGCAGGGAAAAGUGGGGCUCCAGGUGAUGCUGGCCCACAAGGACUUCCUGGUUUGCCAGGCGCUUACGGCCAUAAAGGAUUCAGUGGUCCAGUGGGUAACCCAGGUGAUCCAGGUGUUGUAGGAGUGAUGGGGUCUCCAGGGAAACAAGGCGAGCGUGGCGAGCAAGGAGAGGUGGGACCGGUUGGACCCAGAGGAGGACCAGGUUCAAGAGGAGAGAGAGGGCAUGACGGGCCUCCAGGAUCACCAGGACCCAGGGGAGUCAAAGGAGACCCGGGAUUUCCUGGACUUCCUGGCCCUGCUGGUUAUCGUGGGGAGAAGGGCGACAGGGGUGCAGUCGGGCUCACUGGUCCAAAGGGAGACCAGGGAGGUGCAGGUGCUGAAGGAACUCCAGGAGAUGCCGGAGACCUGGGCGAACAAGGAGAACCAGGAGAGAAAGGAUCGACAGGCCCGCCAGGAGAGACAGGAAAUAAAGGACCGGAGGGCGGCCGAGGACAGCAGGGGAAAGAGGGCAAGGCUGGACAACCGGGACCACGUGGCAUGCAGGGCGAUACGGGUGCACCAGGCCUGCCGGGGACGCAGGGACCAGCGGGGAAAUCCCCAACAGAUACACACAUUAAACAAGUCUGCAUGAGGGUAAUGCAAGAGCAACUGGCCCAGCUAGCAGCUAGCCUGAGAAGGCCUGAUUCAGGCACCUCUGGGCUACAGGGUCCCCCCGGCCCACCCGGUCCUCCAGGCCCCUCCGGAGAGAACGGUUUCCCCGGACACACCGGAUCACGAGGCCUUCCUGGUCUGAAGGGCCCAGCUGGGCUUAUGGGUCGCAAAGGACCCAAAGGUGACCAGGGCGACAAAGGGGAAAGAGGACCCACAACGAGGGGACCCAAAGGAGCACCAGGUGCCCCCGGUCUACCAGGUGAACCCGGUCGACCGGCUUACGGCCAAGAUGGUCGUGACGGAGAAAGGGGUCCCCGUGGUGUUCCCGGUCUAGUCGGCGUUCCCGGGCCCCCUGGUCCCGCCGGCGUGCAUGGUUACUGUGAGUCGUCACAGUGCGUCCUGCCCAUGGUGGCGUCGCCGGUUUCUGCAAAGGACUCCAGCAUGAAGGGCCCCAGUGACAUGUGAAGAGGGCCUAAGCAGAAAACUGAAAACUGGAAGAGAAACCAUCACUCCAUGGAAGAUCUGUCCAUGGAAGAUCUGUCCAUGGAAGAUCUGUCCAUGGAAGAUCUGUCCAUGGAAGAUCUGUCCAUGGAAGAUCUGUCCAUGGAAGAUCUGUCCAUCGAAGAUCUGUCCCUGUUUGUUUUUAAUUUGGUGAUUUUUAAAGUCAUUUUGGUCUCUUGAAGCCAUCUUUGUGGUUAUAAAUUGACAUGAAGGUGGACACUGGGCAGCAAACAUCAGCUUUAGAAACAUUUUACCUCACGUUUUGCCAUCUCUGUACUAUCAAAUUAGAGGAAUUAAGAACUCACUGUACAGUACCAGCCUCAUUUCUAUCCAAGCAACGACGAGUCUGAAGGUUAUUCUAUAUGUUUAUGUAAAUGUGUCAAUACGCAAAUUACACAGCUGGAUGACGUACAUUUUGUUUGUGAGUAUCUUUGUUGUGUACCCACUUUAAUCCACCCCGCUGUGCCUUUAACUCCAAAUGUAGGAUAUGUUUGAUAAUUUCAUGUCAUGACGACUGAUGUUUUUUGUGAUUGGAGGGUGGCGAUGUGUGAAAACCUCUAUGGUAGUUUUAUAUGACUUCUUAUUUAUUAUAUCAAGGUUCAAGGUGACAUCUUCGAGUUGUACAAAGGAGGAAAUAAACACAUUUUGAUAA